AUGGCCGACAGCUCGAAGAACGCCCCGAAGGAGGCGAAGAAGGGUCCAUCCGGACUCAAGCUCGUCUACCUCAUCAUCUACAACCUCAUCUCUACUGUUGCGUGGCUGGUCCUACUUGCGUGCACAGUUUCCGUCAACGGCAUGGAGGGGCCUUCAUUCGUCUACUCCGAAAUAGGAGACUGGGUGCGCUGGACGCAGACAUUAGCUGGCCUCGAAAUUCUUCAUGCCGCAUUGGGAGUCGUCCGUUCCUCCGUCCUGACAACUGUUAUGCAAGUCGCCUCCCGGUACCUUCUCGUCUGGGGCAUUGUCUACCCCUUCCCAGAAGUCGCCGAUAGCCCCGUCUACUCGACUAUGCUGUUCGCAUGGAGCAUCACCGAAGUGAUCCGAUACUUCUACUUUGUGCUUACUUUGGAUGGAUAUCAGCCCGAUAGACUCCGGUGGUUGAGGUACAACACAUUCUAUGUGCUCUAUCCCAUGGGCAUCUCCAGUGAGGCGUGGCUAGUGUACAAGGCUAUUGAACCAGCGAGGGCUUUGCACCCUCUUCUCCCGCUGGCGCUUUAUGCUAUUCUUGCUAUCUAUGUUCCCGGGUCAUAUAUCCUUUACACUCAUAUGAUGAAGCAGCGGAACAAGGUUAUGAAGUCUUUGAAGGAAACCAAGGCGGAGUAG